AAGUAUUUUCUCGUCACAGCGGUUUUUUCUCGUAUUUUUUUCUCACAAGUGAGCAGUCAUCUGAUCAAUUUCUUUUUACUCGUACAUCUUCACAUGUUCUCUAAACCGCUGCGCAUGAGCACGACUGGCCAGUCGUCUUGAGGUAGCCUUUUCGACACCACGUUCUUUUUCGUCUUUCCAACAGACAUUUAUCAAAUUUUUUUUCUCACCAGCAUGGCUGAGAACGCAUCUGCUCCCGCUUCAGCUUCGUCCGCCACGCCAGACUGGGCAACGAACCUGACACAACUAAUUACUUGUCAAAGAGCAGCAUGCUCUAGCAGAGAAGUCUGUCUCUGAAAUGGAGGCAUGCAAGAAGCAACUGGAAACUGCCACUGCGGAGUUGCAUCGCCUCAAAGCAAAGCAAACAACUACUUACUCCUUUCGUAAGGAGAGCUGCAAGGAGCAUCACGACUUUGUGGACCAGGUGGAGGCGAAGCUGGAGGACGCGGCCCGGACCAUCCCGGAUGGACCUGCCAAAACCGCCAUCAUGGAAGCCCCACAACACAUCCCGGGUUGGACGGCACUGGAGCAACUAGCGAAGGAGGACAGCGCUAUCGGCAAGCUGAUGCACCUUCUGCCGAAAGUGAUGCUGUGCGGGCACGCACCCUCGACCGUUCAGACGUACGCCAGAGGCUUCAAUCGCUGGCAUGCGUUCGCAUCAUCAGCCUCCCUCACCGCAUUUCCCGCCGACGGUCUUCACGUUGGCCUCUACCUUGUCCACCUACUGCUGUCAUCCUCAUCACCGGCACCCGUUGCCACCGCUGUUGCAAGCAUCUCAUGGGUGCACCAGAAAGCAACGCUCCCAGACCCCACCCGACACGCAUGUGUCGCUCAGUGCCAUCGGGCUGUGCAGAGAUUGCUUGCGCGCCCUGUCAAGCCGAAGAAGGCACUCGUGUCCACGGAAGUGCAGCGCAUCAUCGAGCACUACUCCGACUCGUCCACUUCCCUGGAUGACCUGCAGACAAUCACCCUCAUUGUCUUGGGCUUCUCCGCAAUGCUGCGAUGGGACGAGCUGCACCGCCUGACGCCUUCCGACACCAGUUUUACAGACACCCACAUGGUGAUCUCGCUGCAGAAAAGGAAGAACGACCAGUUUCGCAAAGGCCACCAGGUGUAUAUUGCCAGAUCUGGGCUAACCACCUGUCCCGUCGAGCUGGUGCAGCGCUUCCUCACCGCUGGCAAGCAUCUGCCCCACCAGCCUCUAUUCUGUCGCUUGGGCAGCUGCCGCAAGCAGGCCAUACUAAGGCCUAUCGCCAUCAGCUACUCGUGCGCCCUGGAGAAGGUGCGAAAAUGCCUGGCCAUCGUCGGCCUUGACCCCAAGGAGUACGGCCUUCACAGUAUGCGCUCUGGAGCCGCUUCUACUGCUGCCAGUGCUGGGACCGCUGACAGACUAAUCAAGCGACAUGGUGGUUGGAAGUCGGACUCCUCCAAGAAUAGGUAUAUAGAGGAGUCGCUUCCCCAGCUCCUCCAGUUGUCUCAAUCUCUUGGCCUAUGACGUUGCUUAGUAGCGGAGGCCGAACACGGCGUUAGCUUGUCUAUACCAUACUCGUACAGAUAUGCGCAUAUAUAGCUGAAUUCGCGUUGUCCUCUGUCCACUUCUUCCACUGCUCUGUCCCUACUAUGCGUUGUCUAGCAGUCACACUUCUGGCCCUCCUAACCGCAAUACAAAUGUGCUGUUGUUUGGUGUGUAGCGAGUGUGGCUUAUCGCUGUGCGAGAAUGGUAUCUUCUCGACGGCAGAGCGCAGCGACAGAGGCGAGAAGUAUUUUCUCGUCACAGCGGUUUUUUCUCGUAUUUUUUUCUCACAAGUGAGCAGUCAUCUGAUCAAUUUCUUUUUACUCGUACAUCUUCACAUGUUCUCUAAACCGCUGCGCAUGAGCACGACUGGCCAGUCGUCUUGAGGUACCCACCCUCCCUCCCUGCUUUUUGUACUUGUCAGAUUAGCCACUUGGGGUUUUACACCCGGUUUUUUCCCUCAAAAAAAUAAUGCGUCCGUCGGCGCGAGGGUUUUUUCCCGGCUGGCUCGGCCCAGACAAAUUAAUCUGACGGUCCCAAGUGGUGCUUCUGGUUUUCGGUCAUUGCUCUCUCAGUUGCUGCCAUUGCGUUGCUUUCACAGAAUAUCCAUGUGCUCUGUCCCUUCUUCCGCUAUUCUACAAUUCCGCAUCCUUCCAUGUAAAAGAACGUGGUGUCACACUUCUGGCCCUCCUAACCGCAAUACAAAUGUGCUGUUGUUUGGUGUGUAGCGAGUGUGGCUUAUCGCUGUGCGAGAAUGGCAGGCGUUUUGUUCUCCUUGCUGGCAGGCCGU